GAUAUUUUGAGAAAAAUCACUUAUAAUCUUACAAUAAAACUCGCCAAAAGAAAUUAUCAUUUUUUAUCAAAUUGAAUAAAAGUAAAUAAAAAAAGCGCGGUUUUUAUCAUGAAAUUUCCAGGAUAUGAUACUUGUAAAUUUCUUAGGUAUCUCAUCUCAAAUGAACAUUUUAUCGCUUGACAAUGAUAGAACAAUUAAUUUAAAUCAUGGUUUCGACGGAGAUUAAGGAUACAUUAGCAGCAUCAGCAUCAAUAUGUACAAUUUUACAAUUUUUGGCUGGCGUGUUAGUUUGCAGAAAAUAUAUUAAAAAUGGUACAACUGGAGAUUCUUCCAGUUUAGCAUUUGUAACAUGUUAUAUGGCAUGUAGCUUGUGGCUAAGAUAUGGGCUCUUAAUUGGUGAUACCUUUAUAGUAAUAGUAAAUAUUUUUGGAAUAAUAUCGCAAGUAUGCUAUGUUAUUAUAUUUAUUAUAUACAAUGUAAAAAAAUCAGUAACACUAAAACAAUUUAUAGCAGCAACUUGCUUCCUCGCAGUCGUUUAUUUUUAUGUUGCUCAUGAAACAGAUAAAGAUAUUGCUACAAAAUAUAUUGGUUUAAUAAGCUGUAGUGUUACUAUUCUCUUUUUUGCAUCACCUUUAGUUAUGUUGGUACAUGUUUUAAGGGUCAAGAACACAGACAGUUUACCAUUUCCUGUUAUAUUAUCUUCUUUAAUAGUCUCUUGUCAAUGGUUUGUUUAUGGUUGUUUAAUCAAUGACCGAUUUAUUCAAACGCCUAAUUUUAUGGGCUGCAUUUUAUCUGCCUUUCAAUUAUCCUUAUUUUAUUGCUUUCCUAGUAAAUCAAUAAUUGAUCAAACACAUUUAAUAUAAACAAAUGUAUUAAAAUUAAAAAUAUAUUUAUAAAUAAAUAACUCAA